AUGUAUACCCCCCUGGUCGUUGCCUGGGCGAAGAUCCUACAGGAGGUCUUUAGCGCCGACUCACUUCCCGCGUCCAGGAAGAAGCCCCUACCUCCCGACGCCGAUGGCAGCAAGCACUGUCAAUACCAUCGGACGAUCGGCCACACCACUGAAGAAUGCCACACGCUUCGCGACAAGAUUGAGGAGCUAAUUCGACAAGGGCACUUGAAGAAUUACAUUCAACAAGAUCGCCCCCAACGAAGCCCGGUCAGAAACAGAAGCCCCGUACGGAGGCAAGCCUUGACCAGAUGGGAGAAGCGGAGAGAGCCAAAGCCCGAGAGGCGAAGGAGGGAACCGUCUAGGACCCACCGAAGCCCGAGGAGGAGUCGUAGCCGGAGCAGGGACAAACCCCUGAGGGGUUAUAUCAAUACCAUCUUCGGAGGAUUCGCUGGAGGAGGAUCGAGCUCUUCCGCUCGGAAUAGGCACGUUCGGGCGCUCAAAUCAGUUCAUCUGGUAGAGAAGAAGGUGCGGUUGAUGCCUCCCAUCACUUUUACUAACGAGGACUUCAAGGCACCUGAUCCCGAUCAUGAUGAUCCUAUGGUCAUCUCCAUUGAGGCAGCCGAAUAUGGAAUUGGAAGGGUGCUGGUGGACUAG